UUUUGAGGAGAGCAGUUGAACGGGAAGGACACGGCGGCGGUGCUGCAGUCGCGACGCGACUAGACGCAGCCGGAAUGCCGCAGAGAAAAAAAAGAAACCAUCUCCGUAGCAGAUUUUGCCAUUAAAGUGCUGUCUCCUCGCUGACCGAUACACUGCAGCAAAUGAGUCGCCGUGAAACAACAGUUGCGUUUUGAGACAUUGAUGUAUCGCUGCCAAGUGGUAUUUCCUCCAUGGUGCAGACGUAUAGCCAUUACCGUGCAUGUGCGUACUUCGCACGCAGCCCAUAAUUUCUUUCUCAAUCGCAUUGAAAUUUGUUCGUUGGGUUAGUUUAUUAACGUACGGCUAAAAAACACAGGUCAAAUGAUAAAUAUAAAUUAAGUGGAGCAGAGCAGACGACUGCGUUGUUGUUUAUUUUUCUGGCAUAUAAACGCUUCCAGCCAAUCUCGAACAUUUUGCUACAGUGUCACGUGACUGGUUUGGCGAAUCUCCUUGCGUCAGUUCGCUGCUCUCUGUUGCUGUGUGUUAGGCCUAUAGAGCGUUUUAGGUGUUCGGUCUUCCUACGUCUGCUCCUCUCUGUUAUUGCAAAACACUGUUCCGGUAUGUUUUUUGCGCUGGAUGAAGACAUCAAGAGCUGCUAGUCAUGGCCUGGCUUAUUUGAGUUCUAUUUUAUUAGGUUAAUGACCAAUACGAAAGGGUUGCUUCAAGCGUCUGGUUCUCUCAUUUGUUUGAGGGUGGCUUUUUCUCUCCAAAGAUGUCGAGCGAAGCAGAAACUGCCCAACAAUCUGCCACAGCUGAUGGCUUAGACACUGACAACUGUGCUACAUCAAAAUGUGAACCGGUGCCGCCUCAAGGAGCAGCGCAUGAGAUGUCACGUUACCCUUUUUCAAAACAAGAUAGAGAAUCUCUGAGCAGUGUGAGCAGCGACUCUGGUGAUGUUUCCAAUGGCCAUUGCUGCGAUAUUGAAGAAGAAGGCAUAGUCGUAAUCCCAGAGUACAACACUCCCAUUAUCGGCUAUGAAGUCAUGGAAGAACGCGCGAGGUUUACAGUGUUCAAGAUCAGAGUGGAGCAUGUUGAAACUGGCCGUUACUGGUUUGUCUUCAGGCGGUACACUGAUUUUGCAAGGCUGAGCAAAAAGCUCAAACCACGAUUCCCUGGUCUGCAACUCUGCUUGCCUCCCAAGCGCUGGUUUGGAAAUAAUUUUGAUCCCAUGUUUCUUGAGGACCGUGUACUGGGGCUCCAGGCAUUUGUCAAAAAUAUUAUGGGCCACAGAGAUAUAAGUAAGAGUCCUCCAGUUAGAGAGUUCUUCUGUUUGGACGAUCCUCCGGAGCCAUUAGACACCAUAGAAGAGAGCAGGGCAUUGUGUGAAAACUUGGAAGAACAAGUGUACCGACUAAACCAGCAAUUGCGUGAACGUGAUGCUGAGAUAGAAGUCCUUCGCUCAGAGUUGGACUCUCUGCGGCUUCAGCAUGGUGUCCUUGUCAAGGCACUCAAGCUGGAGUGUUCUCUGGCGAGCUGGGCCAACGCACAGCUCUCGAGAGACCGGCCACAGCUGCCAUCGUCGCAUGCCUUUGGUCUGCACGCUCUCAACCUCACCUUGUCCUCCAUGGCUGAUGGUUCCAAGGAAGUGGCUGGCAAUCAGGAUCCAGAGAGUUGCCCUGCGACACCUGAAGCCGGGGGUGGCGGAGAUGCUCGAUGAUCUUUUCGCAGAAGCCAAGAAUCUGCAAGGAAUGUACUAAAUGUGAAAGUAAUCCUCAUUGGACAUUUUUAUUAUUAUUAUUAUUAUUAUUAUUAUUACUAUUAUUGUCCAAUUUCUCAAUUGGCUGCGUGGUGGAAACAUGGGACAAUCUUGCAGUCGCUAUGUUCCAUGAUGUGUAACACAACUGAGGUUAGUGCACAAGUAUUGAUACCGAGUUUUUUUAUUGUAAUGCUGCAGCAUAUCGUUGGUCUGGCAGUGGCCAUUUUAACAUUGUUUAUUAAAUAUAUGAAUGGAAAAAUGAUAUUCUUGGCUUUUGAGCUGGUGUGAAGAUAAUGGUAUUGUAUUAUUGGUGGUCAGCCUGGGUAUGUGUCUGCCAGUACCAACAGUGCACACCAUUAGUGACAGCACUGCAGUCUAUUUUGAGUCUCGGAAAAAAUGAAAGCCGCAUUACACCUUUGCCAGGAAACAUUGUAUGACAUGUUUGUAUUGUGUCGGCUAUUUGUGUCAACAAUGCUCCAGGGCGCAUGAGGUUUUUUUUUUUUUUUUUUUUAAUUAUUGGUGCCUAGAAUAUUAUGACUGUCAUUGGUGUUUAAUGAGGCAUUGGACAUGCUGGAGUACUUUUAUGUAAGAGCAAUUCCAAUGCAAUUUUAUUUUAUCUGUGACCCAGCUAUCUCGUGUGUGUAGUUUUUGAAAUACUUGACACAGUGUAAAGAAGUUGUUCUCUGAACAGUUGCAUGCUUUCUGAAGUACUAUGUAUGUAUACAAAAUUUGUAGUGCCCUCCAUUGUUUCAAACCACAGUUGCUGAAACAGGUGGUUAGAUCUUGAGAAUUGCUGCAUUCAUUCUUCCUGCACUACAAUGGCCAAAAUGGCAUGUGUUUAAUACAGUAAAGUGCUUUUGAUAUGUAAAUACGUUUUUCUUUAAUCAAAUCUGGCUGUUGUUCUGAAAUAACAUGCAGCUGUGUACUUUGACACAUCUGCAGAGUUUUAGAAGUGUUUCUACUUGUUUGUGAAAGUAGCAUAGAAGUGGUUGCAGACAUUGUAGAAACAAAGCUAUAUAUGGAUAAAGGUGACCACAUAUUUACCAAUGUUAUCUUUGUGUACUCUUAGAGUACUUUGAGUUGUGCAGUAUUAAAUGGGUUUUGUCACCCUCCCCACCCCCUUUUUUUACAUGUGAUAUUAAGAAUUUGGGAGUCUUUCUUUUCUUUUUUUUUUUCUCUUUUUACCCAUUCUCUCUGCUUGUUCUCAUCUUCUCUGAGCAGAAUACACGGUGCCAACCAACUGGUUAGUGAGUACUACGACUAGCUUGUUUAUUCUUCUCAGCUCUAUAGGACACAGUCUUAUUGAAGCAUGCUUAGUGGGCAACAUACUGGGUGCUAUGCAAGGGAAAAUUAGCUUUGUGUUUUUCAUUGUGCUCAGGUAACUUUGGCACUGCAGAAUCUCUUAUCACUUAGCUGCUUAACGUUAAGCAACACAGAACACUCAGCAUCAUAACAGAACACACACUCUUCAUGGGAAGUGGCAGUUAUGCCCUUGCCUUUUCACUUCCCCCCUUACUUCUGACACUUUUUUGCAUCCAUGUGUUCCAUCUGCCUCUGUGGUUUCCAGGGCACUUCCUUUAUGGCCAGAGCAGACUCUGGUAGUGGCAGAUUAGUCACGAACACAAGUUGGAUCUAGAAGAAUGGGCAACCUGUAUGUGUUUUUUUGCUUUAGACAUGCUAGUGGAGUUCGUCAUAAUUGCACUUAAUUUACCUGAAAGCUUAUUUGUGCAUUUCAAGCUAUGGGGAUGGCCACCUCUCUUGCCUGUAUGAACAUUGACAGCCGUGCCACCCCAUCGUUGCUCCAUCACAUGCUGAAAUUUGUCCAGACACACUUUUUGAGCCUCUAUACUCUUGGAACAGCUUAGCUGCCCUUGCAAAACUACCACGGUUAGGCCUGCUUUGGCCAUGAACAUAAGCACUUGCGAACUUUUGAGUCAGAUAGUACCAUCAGCAUAAAUUUAAAUAUGAAUGGGAAAAAGGAAGAUGCGUUUUCCUGCUUGGACAUUUGUGGAUGCAGUGUGGCAUUGCCACGUAGCUUGUUUACUAAACAUACUUUUGUUGCAAAGCUUCAUGCCCAAGCCUGAAUCUUGUAACUACAAUGGAACUGAUAAAUGUAAUUAAGGAAAUCAUUUUUUUUUUUCCUCUGUGUUUUUCCUCUGUUUUAAGGGGAAGUUGUAACUUAAAGGAUCACAUCUUUGUCACAGUUUAUCACUGAUGGGGCUGGUGUUUUCAAUGAAUUUCUUUUUUGUCUACCUAGUUUCAUGUUUAAAAGGAUGAAAAAACAUUUUUGCAAGACAAUUAAAAGCUCAUCGAAAACAAUCAUGGUAGUUUAACAUACCAUGAUUUGCUCAUGUUUGAGCAACUGCCAUUCAACACACAGAUGACAGUCACCACAGCAGCAGCCAGACACUUAAGAAAGAAGGGUCUGCUGUUGGGCAAAGCUCGCUCACUUGAUAUCUUGGUAAGAAAAUAGUAAAGUGGUCAUGUCCUUACAUGACGUUCAGGUGAAUUCUUGUUUUGCAGUACAGCUUAAUUUUCAUACUUUAAUGUUCAGCCACUCGCCAUGGUAGCGUAGUGGCUUCGGCGUUGUGCUGCUAAUCCUGAGGGCGGGGGAUCAAAUCCCGGUCACGGCGGCUGCAUUUCGAUAGAGGUGAAAUGAAAAAACGCCUGUGUACCAUACAUUGGUUGCACGUUAAAGAACCCCAGGUGGUCAAAAUUAAUCCGAAGUCCCCGGUGUGCCUCGUAAUUGUAUCGGGGUUUUGGCACGUAAAACCCCAGAAUUUUUUUGAAGUGCAGUCUUUUACGCACUUAAAAUUUCAGUCUAAUGAAAUUUUGCAUGUGUUCUUUGUUCGAAAUAUCUGAUAAAUGUUUAUGAGAAAGAGGGAGAAUUUCUAACAGAGUUGGUCUGGAAUACAGCCGUUUAGAACUGUCAUUUCUUUUUAACACCAGCAUUGAAGACUGUAACCCAACGUCGUAAUUCCAAUUUACAGUCAUAAGUAAAAUAGGAUGUUACAUGACUAUUAGAAAUGAUUACCAUAUUUUCUGGUCUAUGAGUCGCACCUUUGUAUAAGACGCACCCCCCUCAAAACAGCAGUUUUUCUGGAAAAAAACGUAUAUAAGUCGCACCGGUAUAUAUGACACACCUGUUCGUUCUGUAAGCGAUUUAAAAAAAUUACGGUGACGUUUCACUCUGCGAACGCGGGUCACGCGCAAUCGUAUGGGUGCCAUAUAUUUCCACUCCAGACGCAUUUCUACCGUCGUGGUUGCCGCAAUGUUCUGUUUGAAGUCCAAGGGCGAUAACAUCGUCCCCGUGCGCCGUAUGCUGUAUGUGCGAGUGAAAGCGUCCGUCGGUGAGCCGAAUCAUGGACAAGGGAGGAAAGUGGGAAGGAAGCGCGAGAGGAAGGUGGUGGGGGGGUGGCUUGUACUCCGGUAGCAACUGCGUAGCUUGUGCAGCGGUGUGCGCCGUAUCUUGACAGCGAUCUGCAAAUGCGACGAAUUCGGGGUCGGCCUGCCGCCGCUUGCGUUGCUGCUCUGUCCUUCUGGCACGGCGCUCGGGAAAUCGAUCACGAGAAGAACGUACCCGCCACCUCGAUAGCGCGCACAGAACCCGUAGCAAUAAAGUCAACCAGCGCACUUUGCGUGGCCUUAACAUCGAAUCCGAUUUUGACGGCAGUUUUUCUGAAAAAAAAAAAAAAAAAAACGUGCAUAAGGUCGCACCGUUCUAUAAGACGCACCGACGAAAAAUUCAUAAAAGAAAACACGUGUUAUACACCGGAAAGUACGGCGGUAGCACAUGAAAAAAAAAAGCAUGAAGAUGGUGGUGCUUUGGUGGUGUUGCAUUAAAAAGAAGUGGAGCUACAUAAAAAUCAAUGCUAGCUUUAAAAGGAACGCUUGCAUAAGGCUCGAUCAUUGCCUUUAAUUUUGAUAAUUGUAACUUUAUUAAUGUAAAAAAUGAGUAAGGAACAUCUACCCUUAAUUUCCACUAAUAGCAGGGGCAGCUACUUUGACUUUGUCAUUUUAUACUGCUUAAAGGUUAAACAAGGCUAAAGUGAGAGUGGAUUUGUACUGUGCACUAGUGGUUCACAAAAGUUUAGCUAUCAUUGGCUGGAAGCAUGCAAAGAAAAACAUGCCAGGCUGGGGCCAUGACAAAUAAAAUUGCAUUAUUUUAGCAGUUGCCGGAAUGAUGUUUUAAUCAGUUUAUAAAGAUUCAGUAACCCAUGAAGCCUUUUUUGCAUACAUGAAAUGAGGAUGGUGCCAUAUUGAUUGGUAGCAAUAGUUGCAUGUACAGUUAAACUUUUUAAAAUUUGGUUAAGAAUGAGAACACCGCUUCAUGGCAAGUGACGGGCAUUUUACAUCCCUAGAGCUGCAUCUGGGCCAUGAGCAGCAGCAUAGUUCAGGGCUCCUGAUCACAUGAGGUUUUUGAUUGUGCACCAGGAUCUUGACACAUGAAUAUUCAUUUUUUGCAUUUCUCUCUACACGAAUGCAGCUGCUGGGAGGCAAGCUGCAAAUUCACGUGAUCGAAUCCCGGCCGUGGCGGCUGAAUUUUGGUAGGGGUGAAAUGCAAGAACGCCUGUGUAUUGUGCAUUGGGUGCAUAUUAAAAAACCCUAGGUGUUCUAAAUUAUUCUGGAGUCCCUCACUAUGUGCCCAUAAUCAAAUCGUGGUUUCGGCACGUGAAACCGCAUAAUUUUUUUUUGCAUUUGGCAGUAGAGCACCACGUCCCACUGCAUUAUUACCCACUGCAGUGGGCGCUAAUGCAGCAUAAGCAUAAUUCCCUUGUAUCUACCCUACCACACAUGUCGUUAUGAACAAUGCAUAUCAAUUGCACAUGUGUAGAAAAUUGUGCCACUACUUGUUUAACUUUGAUGCAGUGUUUUAUCUCUUGCAAGCACUACACUUGGUGACUACCUAAGAAUUCAGUACAAGCUCCACCCACAAAAUCUUGCUGCACCUGUGUCUCUGCACUUCAAUACAUGAUUCCCAAGAGACUACUUUGCUCGCCUCUGCCAUGAUGUCACAGGAAUGAGUGAACAUAAUUGUCUGGCAUAUCUAUACACUGAGUAAGACAGUGGUGUAAUUGCCACUGAAUUCAUAGGCUGUCACCGACUGGUGCAUAUUGCUACCAAGGGGAUGUUAAUUAAAACAUUCAAAUGGCUCCACAAAUUGUUGCUGCAGCAAACAUCAGCUGCAGUUUUGUGCCUUGCAGCUCAUUUUGAGAAAACCUGCUCAGUUUAAAGGUGCGAUGUGAAGAAGCUUUGAACAACCUGUGCAUUUUAUGCAUAUUCAUCUAUAGAAGCUAGCUUUAAGUGAGGAUAUGUGAUGUACUGCCAUAUGAGGGUGGGAACUGCGAUGGUGCUUUGUGAAAUGCAGUGUUAAAAGUAACUUUCUACUAAGCUGCUACCUUCUGAUAAAGGAUUUCCAAGUGGAGGACCUUGUGUGAAGGUAUGCAGAUGCCCAGCAAAGAUUAGUGGAAUGAAGCUAUUGUUGGUUUGUUUAUCAAUAAAGUGCCUACCUAAUGUGA